AGAUCCGUACAAGCGAGCAAGAUAAUACAUUGGAAAUCGCAGGUGCAUUGUGCUUUUUUUUUUCACGGCGUCUCUUCGUGUAGGCCGAUAAUUGACUUUUGAACAAACGAACGGUAGACGAAUACUUGCUGAAGCAAAUAGACUCUUCUUUCCUUUUUCUUCUGCGUUUUCUUGAUUGUUAUUCGAUUAGUUUUAUGUUCAAUUCUCAUUUGUCUUCUUUUUAGUGCACACUGAGCGGCCCAAAUCCAUUAACAUAUAUAUUUUUAUUAGACGUAUGAAGAUGGCGGAGUAUCAGCGCUGCCCUCGUUGCACUCAUUCAGAAAUUCGGGCAGUAGGCGUGGAUUGUCCAAUUUGCUUCAAGGAACAGCGAGCUAAAAUGCAAUCAGCCGGAAAUGCCUAUAUGUUGCAAAAGGCACAGGAGAGUCUUGAAAGUCGUCGCGCACCGUUUCACAUGUAUAGGAACUACACGCGCAACGUGGCAACAGCCAAUAGUCAUCAAGACAGCGAUGAACGAAUUUAUGCGCACCGCAAUCUUCCUUUGCUGCGGAACAGCGGGCUUACCAAGCGCAUCAUAAACAAUGAGAACUUUUCUACUCAACGCAUGAAACCCUUGCAGAAAGCAGGAGCGAUUUGUCUAUGUCCUCUUGAAUCGUUACCGACAUCAUCUCAACCGAUCAAAGCUGACGAGACAGAGGUUUUCUUCGACGAUGAGCCGCGUCGCGAAUCGAAAUACGUGUUUCUUAACGGUGAUAUUUACCGAGGGAAGGAGCCUUUGCCGGAGGACCGUGUAAUAUACGGGAUCGAUUCGCCGAUGGCCUCCGUGCACUCAGCCGUGAGAGAGGCUGUUAAACCGUCUGCCUCCACGAAGGUGCUGCCCUCCGAAGAAGCGCAUGCUGCGGACAGUCCUACGGAUCGAACGAAACGGAGUCGGUCUGCCUCGCGGCGCAGCAACCUAGGAGGCGAGGAAGAGCGUACUGACAAAGUUCCUUCAGGAUCUUAUCGCAACUUUUUCUCGUUAUCUGGCCGUUGCUAUCGCGUGAUUGAGGUAGGUCGCACUGCACCGAAGCCCUCAGCCAAGAAGGCGAAUCAGCAGUCUUUUCUGCCGGAGGCGGUACGACGCAGUGAAGCAGCAAGAGACGGUGAACAGCAGGGUCAACGUACAUCGCACCGCUCAUCCGGGCAUUCGCGCAAUGCCCCGCACAGCGAGAAGGGCAAAGCCAAAGAGUAUGACAAACGCGUGUCCAAUGACCCGAAUGACAAGCCUAAAAUUGUGCCACAAAAGCCCACGAAAACGCGCGAUGGGCGCCGACAAUCUAGAAGACGUGAUGAAGGUCGCAAGGAUACCCGACGGAUUUCGCCAACUCGUGAAAAGCAGUUCUCCCGCCGCUCUCCGAGUCGUUUCGACGACGCUGACGAUAAUGAGCGUCUUCCACCGAUCUCAAGAGACCGGUAUUGGAGAAACCGCUCUCCAUCGUUCCAGCACGUUCGUAAACACAGUAGCGACAAUGCUGGUAGAAGGGGAGGUGAGGUGAAUUCUCGAAACGACGAACACAAACGGCGGCACCCCGACUCAAUGGACUCGGCCGAUGCGUUGUCCCCUUACUCACGAUCUCACCGAGACGACGAUUUCGUACCCUCCAAAAGCGGCAACCGCAGCGGAAGAGAGUCUGACUGCGUCGUAACCGACGGGUCUGGACGUCCCAGAAACAGACCGCGCAAGAGGCGCGUAGGCAGGAAGCAGCGUGGUCGAAGGCACUCCCCCUCCCUUUCAAGCGGCUCGAGCGGGAAGGAUGUAUACAAUGACCGCCGGCGUGCAGCGCGGCAUGGCCGUGAUCGAGAAAGCGACACGGAUUCGGAGUGGUCGGAGGUGGCGGAGGACUUUUUGUGGUCCAUGGUGCGCAGCGACUCCGCGCUGUCGUCGUCAACUCUGUCUUCCACAUCAGACGGGUCCAGCACGUCGUCGUCGUCAACGGAGCACGAGAGGUCGCGAGGGCAGCGUCAUCGCCGAGGUGGUCGAGGCCGCCGCUCCUCCUUUUCCAGCUCCGCCUCCGCUUCCAACAGCGAUAAAGCCGUUAGGCGCAGUCACCAUCCCAAACGCAAUAGCGGACACCACGCAAGCGAUAAGAGCAAGCGCACCAAGAACGCGCGUCCAUCCCCACGAUUGUCGUCAUCCGCGUCCAUCUCCCAAUCUGCCUCCACCUCCAUCCCCACACACCGUCCAGAGAGUGGGGUGGACCGGCCCCACCAAAGCGGCUCCUUGUCCCCGCUGCUUCCACAUGACAGCCGUUCCUCGUCCCCGCCUCGUCCGCCGGUGGUGCACGCGGUACGUCCGCCGCUCCCCACCGGCCUGCUGCCUCCCUUCACCGAGGAGAUGAUUCCCAGCACGCGAUACGAGCCUGCCUGCCCUUCCCCUGUUGCUCACAUGCCGCAGCCGCCGUUAUCGGAGGUGACGGCGGCGGAGCAGGCGAACGAAAAGGAGGAGAAAACUGCAGCGGGCGGUACGGAUGGCUGCAUCAGUCGUGAGACGAGGCAGCCAUGGACGGCGGAAGAGGUGGCCUCCGCCGCCAACCCGCUGCGGCGCGCUUAUGAAGAGAUCCCCGCGGAGCCGCUGCUGCUGACGCACUUCAACGACCUACGGCGCCCUUCCAUAACGUCCUCCCUACCCGUGUGCAGUCCUUCCAAUGCGCCACAGACUCUCCCUCCACGUGAGCACGACUCUGUCUUGCCCGCCUUGCCCUCUGGUGCACCAUACGAUUUGGACUCCAUUGCAGCGUACGUGCUGCGCGUCAUUUGCGACCGUCUUGGCGGCGAAGGGACUCGGUACGGUGGCCUUCCAGGCCCCCCACUCCCACCGCAGGAGACGGAGGCUGCGCACGCCGCAAGCACGGCUGAGAAAGAGGCGGAGGAGCAGCGACUGGCGCAGGAAAAGGCGGCAGCGGCGCAGCGACGACGGGCGGAGCUGCUGCGGCUGCAUCAAUUGCUGCGUGAAGUACAAGAGGAACUGCGUUACUUCCAAGAAGCGAAGAUGCCGCUGGACAGCCUCACGUCGUCGCUGAAGUUUGCUUCUGCCCAAGUGAGCGAAUUUGCUGAGAACGACGCGAUGCGGUCGGACUUGGACGAGUCGGCUACGUCGCCCAAGUUUCCCGGCAAUAUUGUUGCCGACUCCAGCACGCUUGUCUACGUCGAUGGCGAGCAGAAGCUCCCACGCUUGUCGAAGGGUGGGCACGACGCGAACGUAUCCGAUCUAGAGGUGGACAUGGCAACUCUGGAGCGUCUUCUCAAGGAGCUCCGCGAUCGCCGCACGAAGCACGAAGCGCGUCUUCGCGAAUUGGAAGUAGCAGCAGCAGCAAAGGCAGCAGCAGCAAAGGAAGCAGCAGCAGCAGCAGAGGAGGAGGAGAGGAGGAAAUCAAAGGAGGAGGCGGAGCAGCGGCAAAGAAAGGCCGUCGAGGAGGAGGCCGCGGCGCGUGCGCUGCAGGCGCAACAACAGAUGCAGGAAGUUGCCGCGUUAGUGGCGCAGGAGGCAAACACGCGUACCAUCAUUGCGAGAGAGGAGAAGUUCACCUACGACCAGCUCGUCGCCUACGCCGCCACCUCACAAGACGAGAGCCGUCGACGCGCCAUCGCCGCCCAAGAAGCGCGGUUCGACAACGAAUGUACGGAUCUGCUCGAGGCAGAGCUGGACGCCCGAGCCAACAUCGCUGCGAUGGCGGCGGAGGAAGCGGAGGAUUUCUGGGAUGUAGCGGCACAGUUGUGGCAGGCCGCGGCGGAGGAAGCGGAAGAAGCCGCGGCGGCGGAAGAGGCGAAGGCGGAGGCGGAGCGCGAGCGCCUGGAGCAGGAGGCCGCCACCGAGGCAGAGCAAGCGGCACGGCGCAAGAGUGCAGCGUGGCAGGCGGCACAGGCAGAGGAGGAGGCGCGCCUUCAAGCCGAAAUUCUGGAAAUAGAGGCCGCCGCCGCGAACGCCGCACGGCAGCGCCAAGAGAGUCAAGAGAGCCACGGCACGGAGAAGAAGGGCAACAGGAAGUGGAGUAUGCCGCGCACGUCUAUCAAGGGCAGACGGGUGCAGUCCAACCUAAUUCCAGGUCAGAUACUGGACGUGUCCGAGGAAAGUGGAAAGAUACGCCUCGUGGGCGACCCCCACAUCGAGGCAGUCGUGGCACGGAUGCGCGAGCGCCGGCGUGCGGACCGCAUGCGGCAGGAGCGUCUCGCCUCCGCCAUGCUCCGCUCGCCGGUCACCAAACCCGGCCGCUCCCCCAGAGUCGCUGGCCCUCCGCCGUCCAACCGUGAACCGUCGACGGUGCGCAUCAGCGUCGCUGGGAAUGGGGUGGCGCCCCAGGUGCGGAAGAGUGGCCAAGGCGCGAGCCGAGCCACGUCGCGACGCUCUGUUACUUCCUCACGCAGUCGCAACUCUGUCGGGGCCGGCAACGGCCGGCUCGACCAGGCGGAUCGGGGCGAGAUCCCGCCCUCGCGCGGUCGUCUGCAGAGUGAGUCAAGCUUCGUGGCUGACGCCGCGCUCGACUUGGAGGUGGAGGGGCAGCAUGUGGGGACGCCGUAUAAGACACGCAGCCGCGCCUCCUCCAUUGCCUCGGCGGGUGUGCCGCACAUGGGUGGCGUCUUUACCGCCGCCACGCCACACAAGAGCCGCUUCCCCGACGACGAAACGGACGCCUUGACCAGCUCCAACAUUUUGGAGGUGGAGUGA